GAACUGGCCGUGAUAAUAAGUCGAGAGAGAGGCACGAGAAGUUCGUGUAGAACGUAGCUUCGUAAUAUUUUCCGUCGAAAGACGUGCGCUAUAAUUCGUUGCACGAUAUUGUGUCGCAUUUAAUCAAAAUUUAAUUGCGCGCAAGAGAUGCUACCGAGACGACGGGUUAUCGACCUCCUCCAAGUUAUUUCAUCUCAAUCAUGCAGGUGUCCGGCUCACGGAAAUCCAGGAGUUAUCGGUGUACACGAGCACGGAAAAGCUCGAAGUACCGCGGCAAAUGUCACACUAAACAAAGAGUAUGCAUUUGAGAUGGCUUGUUCCACGGUGCGUUACGGAGUGGGAGUGACGAGAGAAUUGGGAAUGGACAUGCAAAAUUUGGGAGCGAAGAAAACGUGUCUGAUGACCGAUUCCAAUUUGGCGAAUUUAGCUCCCGUAAAAACCGCCAUUGACAGUCUUUCCAAGUACGGCGUACAAUUCGAGAUUUACGAUAAAGUACGCGUGGAACCGACUGAGCAGAGUUUGCAGGACUCGAUCGCGUUUGCAAAGCGUGGAAACUUUGACGCUUUUAUAGCGGUCGGCGGUGGUUCCGUGAUGGACACCUGCAAGGCGGCGAAUUUGUACAGUUGCGAUCCGGACGCCGAUUUCUUGGAUUACGUGAACGCGCCGAUCGGAAAGGGAAAACCGAUUCGAGUUCCUCUGAAGCCGCUCGUCGCCGUUCCGACCACUUCCGGCACCGGUUCCGAGACAACCGGUGUAUCCAUUUUCGACUACAGACCGUUAAAAGCCAAAACGGGAAUCGCAAAUAGAGCUCUGCGCCCGACAUUGGGAAUCAUCGAUCCCCAGCACACUCUGACUUUACCGGAGCGAGUGUGCGCUUAUUCCGGUUUCGAUGUGCUCUGUCACGCUUUGGAAUCGUUCACCGCGAUACCCUACACCGAACGAACGCCGUGCCCGACAAAUCCGAUUCUGAGACCGGCUUAUCAAGGUAGCAAUCCCGUCAGCGAUGUCUGGGCGAGAUACGCUCUGCAAGUUAUGCGCAAAUACUUCAAACGGGCGGUUUACAAUCAGGACGAUCUGGAGGCGAGAAGCCACAUGCAUUUGGCGAGCACAAUGGCGGGCGUUGGUUUCGGUAACGCGGGCGUACAUCUCUGUCACGGACUCUCGUAUUCCAUCAGCGGAAACGUUCGAACUUUUCAGCCGAAGGGAUACAGCAAAGAUCACCCGAUAAUUCCUCACGGUUUGUCUGUGGUAAUAUCGGCGCCGGCUGUGUUUUCGUUUAUCGGAGGCGCGUGUCCGGAAAGACACUUGGAAGCUGCGGAGUUACUCGGCGCGGAUAUCAAAAACGCGAAACGAGAGGACGCGGGCAGAAUUCUGGCCGACACGGUGAAGGAGUACAUGCGCGUCAUGAAGGUCGAAAACGGUUUGACGGAACUCGGCUUCGAGAAAGGAGACAUUCCUACUUUGGUUCAGGGAACUUUGCCUCAGCAUCGCAUCACGAAAUUAGCGCCACGUGACCAGUCCGAAGAGGAUCUCGCGCAAUUGUUCGAAAAUUCAUUUACCAUUUACUGAUAAUCGUUGCAUAACAAAAAAUCCAAUAUUUUGAUAAUUGUAUGUACAUAUGCCAAAAACUGAUAAAUAAAGAUGUUAUUUUUUUAUUGUUA